AUGGCUGGUGGAAGGAGAAGGAGGCAUCAUUUCAGCAAGAUCCAUGCAUUUUCAUGUGGUAAAGCAUCGUUGGAACAAGAUGAACAUUCGCUCAUAGGAGGACCUGGUUUCUCAAGGAAAGUUUAUUGCAAUGAUGCAGAACGUGCUAUGUCUAGUAUUUAUAGUUAUGGUGAUAAUUACGUUAGAACUACUAAGUAUACAUUAGCCACUUUUCUACCUAAAUCUUUGUUUGAACAAUUCAGAAGAGUUGCAAAUUUUUACUUCUUGGUUGUUGCUAUUCUCUCUUUCUCUCCUGUUGCUCCUUACUCUGCCGUCAGCAAUGUUAUUCCUCUUCUUGUUGUUGUUGCUGCUACUAUGGCCAAAGAGUUCAUCGAAGAUUUUCAGCGGAAAAAACAGGAUAUAGAGAUGAAUAACAGAAAAGUGAAGGUUCAUGGUGGUGAUGGUGUUUUUGAUUAUUCUAAAUGGAGAGAUUUGAGAGUUGGAGAUAUAGUGAAAGUUGAAAAAGAUGAGUAUUUUCCUGCUGAUCUUAUACUUCUUGCGUCGAAUUACGAUGACGCGAUUUGCUAUGUCGAUACCAUGAAUCUCGACGGAGAGACGAAUCUUAAACUAAAACAAGCACUAGAAGGGACUUCGAAUUUGUUAGAAGACUCGAGUUUUCGAGAUUUCAAGGCUGUGAUACGAUGCGAGGAUCCGAAUGCGAAUUUGUAUUCGUUUGUAGGAAGUUUGGAGGUUGAUGAAGAGCAUCAGUAUCCACUUUCACCUCAGCAGUUACUUCUUAGAGACUCUAAGUUGAAGAACACAGAUUUUAUCUACGGUGUUGUGAUCUUUACCGGUCAUGACACGAAGGUUAUGCAGAAUUCGACAGAGCCUCCUUCGAAGAGAAGCAAGAUUGAGAAAAGAAUGGAUAAGGUUAUCUACUGUUUGUUCUUUGUGUUAAUUUUGGUUUCUUUCAUCGGUUCGAUUUUCUUCGGGAUAUGGACGAAGCAGGAUAUGAAAAACAAAAUAAUGAAGAGAUGGUACCUUAGGCCUGAUGAUACUAAGGCUUUCUAUGAUCCUGAAAGUGCAGUAGUUGCAGCGCUUCUUCAUUUCUUGACAGCAUUGAUGUUGUAUGGUUACUUUAUUCCGAUUUCGUUGUAUGUUUCUAUUGAAGUUGUGAAGGUUCUUCAAAGCAUUUUCAUCAAUCAGGAUUUGAACAUGUAUUACGAGGAAACGGAUAAGCCAGCGCACGCUCGUACGUCGAAUUUGAACGAAGAACUUGGUCAAGUUGAUACCAUACUUUCUGAUAAAACAGGAACAUUGACUUGCAAUUCUAUGGAAUUCAUCAAGUGUUCUAUUGGUGGAGUUGCUUAUGGAAGAGGAUUUACGGAAGUCGAGAGAGCUUUAUCGAAGAGAAAAGAUUCGUAUUUCGGGCGGAAGUUGAAAAGCGAAGAAAAUGCUACUAAGGCUGCUAAAUCAAAGUCGAAGAUUAAAGGGUUUAACUUCAUGGAUGAAAGGAUCAUGAAUGGAAAUUGGGUGAGACAACCUAAUGCUAAUGUGAUACAGAAUUUCUUAAAGGUUUUGGCUGUAUGUCAUACCGCAAUACCCGAAGUCGAUGAAGCAACCGGUAGCAUUUCGUACGAAGCUGAAUCGCCCGAUGAGGCUGCUUUUGUUGUCGCAGCCAGCCAAUUCGGAUUUGAAUUUUAUGAAAGAACACAUGCAGCUAUUUCAGUUCAUGAAUUGGACCUCGAAUCAAAUGUGAAAUCGGAAAGGUCUUAUAACCUUUUAAAUGUAUUAGAGUUUACUAGUGCGCGAAAGCGAAUGUCCGUAAUCGUAAGAGACCACACUGGGAAACUACUACUACUUAGCAAAGGUGCUGACAGUGUCAUGUUUGAACUACUUGGAAAGAAUGGGAGAGAGUUUGAAGAGCAAACUAAGUAUCACAUUAACGAAUACGCGGAUUCUGGUUUAAGGACAUUGAUACUCGCCUAUCGUGAACUCGACGAGGAAGAGUACAAUCAGUUUAAUAAAGAGUUGACAGAUGCUAAAAACUUAGUGAGUGCGGAUCAAGAGCAGAUUGUGGAGGAUAUAUUGCAAAAUAUUGAGAAGGAUUUGAUUCUUCUCGGUGCUACCGCAGUCGAGGAUAAACUACAAGACGGGGUUCCUGAAUGCAUUGACAAACUAGCCCAGGCUGGGAUUAAGUUAUGGGUAUUGACUGGUGAUAAAAUGGAAACUGCAAUCAAUAUUGGAUAUGCUUGUAGUUUGCUUAGACAAGGAAUGAAACAAAUUAUAAUUAAUUCAGAUACUCCCGAAAACAAAUUGCUCGAGAAAAUGGAGGACAAAUCGGCUUCUGAAGCGGCAAUUAAAGCAAGUGUUGUUCGUCAAAUAACGGAGGCAAAGGCGUUACUAUCGUCAUCAGACGAUAACUCUGAGGCAUUAGCUCUGAUCAUUGACGGAAAGUCUCUUGCUCAUGCAUUAGAAGACGAUGUAAAAAACUUGUUUCUUGAACUUGCGAUUGGAUGCGCGUCUGUCAUAUGCUGUCGUUCGUCUCCAAAGCAAAAAGCACUUGUUACUAGAUUGGUUAAAAUGAGACCUGGUAGCACAACUCUAGCUAUUGGAGAUGGAGCAAAUGAUGUUGGUAUGCUACAAGAAGCCGAUAUUGGAAUCGGUAUCAGUGGUGUUGAAGGAAUGCAGGCAGUUAUGUCAAGUGAUAUCGCCAUUGCUCAAUUUCGAUUUCUAGAACGCUUACUUCUCGUACACGGGCAUUGGUGUUACAGAAGAAUUUCAUCAAUGAUUUGUUACUUCUUCUACAAGAAUAUCACUUUCGGCUUCACCUUGUUCUUCUACGAGAUGUAUACCUCAUUCUCAGGCCAACCUGCAUACAAUGAUUGGUUCAUGUCAUUUUACAAUGUAUUCUUCACUUCACUUCCUGUUAUUGCUUUAGGAGUAUUUGAUCAAGAUGUCUCUUCCAAAUUAUGUCUCAAGUUUCCAUUACUCUACCAAGAAGGUGUGCAAAACUUACUAUUCAGCUGGAAAAGAAUAUCCGGUUGGGCGUUAAACGGAGUUGCAAGUUCCGCGAUUAUAUUCUUCUUCUGCAUCCGCGCGAUGGAGCAUCAAUCCUUUCGCAAAGGUGGCGAACUUGCUGACUUACAAAUUCUUGGAACCACAUUGUACACUUGUGUUGUAUGGGUUGUGAAUUGCCAAAUGGCAUUAUCAAUAACCUACUUCACAUACAUACAACAUAUUUUCAUAUGGGGAAGCAUUUUCAUGUGGUACAUUUUCCUCAUGGCAUAUGGAGCUAUAGACCCUUCAAUAUCAACAACUGCAUAUAACGUCUUCAUUGAAGCAUGUGCACCAUCACCAUUAUAUUGGGUUGUAACUUUUCUUGUUCUUAUUGCUGCAUUGCUUCCGUAUUUCGGGUACUCGACUAUUCAACUUCGGUUCUUCCCGGUGUAUCAUCAAAUGAUACAAUGGAUAAGGAAAGAUGGGCAGGUGAAUGAUCCUGAGUUUUGCGACAUGGUGAGACAGCGAUCGAUAAGACAUACAACGGUUGGAUUUACGGCUCGUUUGGAAGCUUCUAGACGGUUUGAAGCGUCUAGAAGGUCCGAAAUAUCAUUGGUAGCGUUGGAUGGGAAAUCCGGAGAGAAUCAAUAA